CUGUGCACUAGACUACUGGGACCUUAAUGUUCUACUGUGUAGACAUGUUUAAAUGUGAGUGUUGUUCCCAUUGUGUCCUGGUUUGAAACGGCUGCUGUGCGUUGCAGAGUGGGUCAUGGAGGUGUCGUCUCACAGCCUCUUCCUGCUGCAGCAGCUCAACGUUCAGAGAGAGUUCGGCUUCCUGUGCGACUGCACCGUCGCCAUCGGAAACGUCUACUUUAAAGCCCACCGAGCCGUGCUGGCCGCCUUCUCCAACUACUUCAAGAUGAUCUUCAUCCACCAAUCCAGUGAGUGUAUAAAGAUCCAGCCCACGGACAUCCAGCCGGACGUCUUCAGCUACCUGCUGCACAUCAUGUACACCGGCAUGUGUCCCAAACAGCCGGUGGACCAGAGCCGGCUGCAGGAAGGCAUCAAGUUUCUUCACGCUUACCAGCUGUGCCGGAAACCCGGCGAGGCUGCAGCAGACGCCACCACCGACGUGGUCCGCAUGUCCAACCUGUACGGCAUCCAGAUCUCCUCCCAGCUGGCCAACAAGGAGGCGCCCGGGGUCCCCAAGUCUACCACGGUGUCCUGCGGGGCACCAGAGGACGGACGCUCCUCUGGCCGAGGGGCACGGUCCCACUCCCAGCUGUCUCUUACUGUCGGACUGGAGGGGGUCCCGUCAGACCGUCAGAUGUCGGCGCUGCGUAACGUCUGCUCUGUGGCGUCUGGAGACGACUCAGACAUCUCGACUCGUAUCAAGCAGGAGCGGUUGGAGGAGGAGGAGGGGGAGGACGGCGAGGGGGAGGAGGGGCAGGGGUUGGGGUCUCCAUCUCAGAGUAGCAGUCCCAGUCAGGGCCUCCUCUUCAAAGACAGGGCCCUUGUCCUCUUGUGUCCCCGCUGUGGAGAGCGCUGCUCCUCCCCCGAGGGCCUGCGUGAGCACCUGUUCAGCCACGCCCUCGAUCCCACCCGCCUGAUGGAAGGGCUGUCGCAGGGCGGCGAGCUGGAUGCCGGUGUGGAGGAAGGACCACCAGGGGCCCAGGAGCAGCUGGAUGCAGGGUGCCUGGAGGAGGCGCUGAGACAGAGCCAGGCGCUCGCUAACCAGCUGGCUGCAGAGCUGAGGAGGAGCAGGGGCGGAGGAGGCGGGAGCAGCCCCACUCCCACCGUCCUGCACUCACGCAAACGUAAGAUCGCCUGCGCCGUCUGCAGCCUGCGCUUCUCUCACAAGAGCCAGCUGCAGGAGCACAUGUACACCCACACUGGCAAACCAUCACGCUACCACCGCUACAACCGCCUCUGCAGCCAGCUCUUCCAGGCCUCCGCCCACUUCUGCGAGGGCGGUGCUGAGGGAGGGGGCGGUGCUGGGGGCGUGGCCUCAUCUGGAACCGCUACACUCUCUGAGGAGGCCAACAGGGACACACAGGACAACGGCAGCUCCUGCUACUCCCUGGACUCUGAGGUCUCCCAGGAGAGCGUGGACGGCGUGCCCGUCGAGUGAUGUCAUCAGAUGAACCAUGACAGGUGUUUCACCUCCAGGUGGCGUGACGGAGCACACAGGUGGUUCUGUUGUCUGGUAGCAAAAAGACGAGUUGUUCCAAGAGACGUUCUCUCUGGACUCAGACUGGACUCUGAGGUUUGUGUUGUUGUUCUGUUUCUGUCUCUGCUGCUGUCUGAUGGUCCUGUACCUGUGCAGGUGUGUGUGUGUGAAUCAGUCACGUGAUCAUAGUGUGGUGCUGUGGUUAUCAGCUGAGGGGGUCGGACUGCUGGUUUUAAGAGUUUUAGCUCAUGAACUUCAGUAGAGCUGCAACAAUUAGUCUAUUAAUUGAUGAGUUGAGCUACAGAAAAUGAAUCAAAAGUGCUCUGAAAAUCGAUGAAUUGCUUAAAGUCAUUUUCUAAGAAAAGUCAAACUUUUCUUUUGCAGCUUUUCUAAUGUGAAUAUUUGCUCACAGUCAACUGCAUUUUUGGGGUUUUGGACUAUUGGUCGGAGAAAACAAGACGUCUGAAGACGUGUUGGACUCUUUUUCACUGUUUUCUGACAUUUUGUAAACGAGAUGAUUAUUCGGCUAAUCAAGAAGUAAACUAACAUCACUUUCAUCAUCGAUUAAACUUCGAUGAACGUGAUGGUUCGUUUUCUCUCAGACAGCGUUUACAUCACAUCGUGUGAUCAGUUUUAUUUCAUCGGAUCGUGUUUAUUUCUGUGGAAUCCUGCAGAGAAAUGUUGAAUCCUGAUCUUCCAGACUCACCAGCGAACAGGUUUCAUUAAGGUAAACUCCAUCAGUGACGUAGGAGUCAGGUGUGUAGAGCAGCAGCAGUGCCUUCUGUGGUGGUGUUAUGGUGUUUGUGUCGUUUCCAUCAGUAAAACAAAGCUUCAUGACAAUCUAAGUCAAAAUCAAAUUGUCAUUGACAAAGUUCACCAGCUGUUUUACUAAUGUUUUGACCAAAUUAUUCCUUUUCUAAAAUAGAAAAAACUGCACUUAUUUAAACAUUCACGUUUCUGCUAAUCAUUCUGCAGGGUAUUGAUUUGCUUCCUUCUGGGCAGUUUGUUGGUUUCAUCAGCUCGUUCAUCACAAUUCAGUUUCUUUAUCACAACAACACAAUAAUAGUUUAAAUAGAUUUUACAUCUGAAGAACGGAGGGAAAUUAAACAUUAAGCAUUAUAUUAUAGUCGUGCUACAGCCUGCUGGUCUUGUCUGACACCGCACAGGUUCACCUCAGGGUCACGUGUCGAGCGACUGAACAGUUAAAGGAGGGGAAGAAACAUUCUGUUUUUCUUUGAUAUUUCUCUAUUUCUGUUUGUUUCUUGUGAAAUAGUGAAAACUUUCACUUCUUCAGGCUGUAAAAUCCUUUAAACAAGACAAUCUGUUGUAGUUAGUCUACAGAGUAGUUUAGUCCUCGCUACUCGGAUCCAUGAUGAGGAGAAUCACAGGAUGUUACUUUAUUUUGAAAGACGUUUCAUGGAACGGUGUUGUGGUCCUUUGAGUCCUCUGCUGUUAGUGUCUCUGGUCACAUGACCGGCGGUUGCGAUGGCAUUGAUUAUUGAUUGGUGAAUGUCUGAUUGACAGUCGUGACGUCGUCGUGUUUCACUGUAAAAAAAAUCAAAACAGGAAGUUUUGUGUUGACGUGUUUUGUACAUAGACGUCUGUUUUUUUCAUUGAUGGAACAAUAAAGUUUUGUAAAUAAA